AUGAUGGAAAACGAACUAGCUCAGAGUGAAAAACGAGUGACCACAUUUGCCUCCAAAGUCAACCUGAUUGAGGUCUUCUGCAGUGAUCAAAGCAUGUUAACCGAACAGGUCAAUCAUCUAGGUGGCAAAGCCAUCCGAUUCGGCCUAAGCCAAGGCGAUCUGCAACAGCCUGAGGGUAGGAGAAAACUGUUUGAUGCAGUUUGUCGACACAGGCCAGAGCAUGUCUGGGUAAGUCCAACUUGCAAACCUUGGUCUAAAUGGUCCGCCCUUAAUAGUCAGAAGUCAAUUGAGCUGUGGGAUCGCAUUCAUGCCGAGAGAAUAGACAUGCUUUGCCAAGUCGCCCUAUGCCUGGUCCUUUGCCGAUACCAACACCGUUGCAGCCGCCAUGCACACUGGGAACAGCCUGGAGGUUCACUCAUGUUCAAAUUGCCGUAUCUCAGUGAACUCAUGAGAUAUAUGUUGAGUGCCCGACCUGACAUGUGCACAGCAGGGAGCCUUCAAGACCCCGAGAAUGGACACUUCAUGAAGAAAGGAAUGCACAUCCUUACAUCAUCCAAGACAAUGUACGAUCUCUUAGAUCCACUCAGAUGUCAGGGAGAUCAUAGCCAUCAGCCAAUUGAAGGAACAACCAGAGUGCAUGGCCAGGGAAUCGCGAGAUCCACGUUCUCCGAGAGGUAUCCACGGAAGUUUGCACGGAUGAUCGCCAAAUGCAUCAUCAAAAGAAAGUUUCCCAAAGAGAAGCCUGUGGGAACUCUGGUAGAUCAUGCAUUAGCAGCCUUAGAUCAAUGGUUCACCGUAUGCAGUGCACUCGCCGUGGAAACCCGAAGGACAAAACGUCCCAAAUUGUCGGAGCCCCGACAAGCCAAGACAAGGUCUGCCGACAGAACACUCGGUACUGUUCCCACCAUGAAGCGCCAACGGUUGACACCACCAGAGACCACAGGUAACAUACCCAACCCAAAAGAUGAAAAUCAUGAAGCAGUGCCACAGAGCACAAGCAGCACCGAGGCAGGAGUCCCUUCGGCCAAUGGUUCAGCUGAAAUGCCCUUCUCCCGGAUGGAGAGUCCACUCAGUUCCAUGGAUCCAAGCAGGGGAACAGAAGGUCCCAAGGAAACCACUGAAAGCACAGUUCCAGAAGAGAUGAGUGAACAAACCGUGAAUGAGAUUCCCAAGAAUGGAUCCCAAAUCCAAAUGGACCCUGGGGUAUCAUCAGCCAAGAGCAACCGUUUUCUCUCACUGCCAAGAGAGGAACAAUCCAUGCUGCGCCGGGCACACCAAAACCUGUGCCACCCUAGCCCUGAGCAGCUUAGCGCUGUGCUAAGGAUGGAAGGUGCCCGUCCUGAAAUAACCCAAGCUGUGUUUGAUAUGAAAUGCGCAACCUGCGCCUCCCAACAGCUGCCGAGGAUUGCCCGACCAAGCACUUUGAAACAUGAACUAGACUUCAAUGAUAAGGUGUUCAUAGAUGGGGUAACCUGGACCAGUAAAUUGGGGAAAACAUUUCAUUUCUAUCACAUGUUGGAUCAAGCCACCAACUAUCAUGUGGCGGCACCUGCACCGAGCCGUGCUGCUGAGCAAGCUUCACAAUGCGUUGCAGAAAACUGGUUUCAAUGGGCCGGGCCACCAAAUGUUUUAAUGACUGAUGCCGGCACUGAAUUCACAAGCGAACAUUUCAUGGAAUUUUUGCAGAAGUUUGAUGUGAAACCAGUCACUGCAGCACCGCAUGCUCACUGGCAAAACGGACGAUGUGAGAGACAUGGACACAUUCUACAAACGAUGCUGAACAAGAUUGACCACGAUAUGCCAAUCCAAACAUACACGGAUCUUCAAAGAGCCUUGGUUCAGUGCACACAUGCAAAGAAUGCUCUCAGCAUCCGAAAAGGUUUCUCCCCAGAAGUUCUUGUGUUUGGGAAAAGCUCUAGGCUACCGGGAUCAAUAGUCAGCUGUGAGUCAAUGUCCUCUUUGUCCAGUGCUGACCGUGAUGAUGCUCACGGUAUUGCAUUUCGCCAGAGCCUUGCGUUGCGGGAAAAAGCCAGGGUAGCCUUCCAUCAGGCCGACAAUGAUCAGGCACUCAGGCACAAGGAGGUCAUUGGUUUGGGCCCCUUAAAGUUGUUGCCCAUGAAGGUCAAAACUCCCUAUGGGCCACUCAGCACCCUUUCAGCGGAAGCGACGGCCCUGUCAACGACGCUGGAUCAGCUGACGUGGAUUCGAGUGUACUGGGCUUGGCUCAUUGACCCAAAAAUUCCAUGGCAGAAGCCAGAGACCGUGAAAACCUUGCCUGCCAGUCUUCGAGCGGUACCAACACCGCAGGAUUUCUGGGCUCAGGAUGCCCAUUUAGGCGCAGAGGUGGGAGGGUUUAACAUCCUUGAAGCCAUUCGGCUGGGCUUGCAGUGGCCGUGGACGGCCGGAUCUAGCAGCGGUGUCUGCUUGGUGCAAGAGGUGCAAAAGGGAUUCUGCGAGGCCGCAUCUUUUAGCUCUGAACUGCUCCGGGUGAUGUUGCAGAGCUAUGCAAACACCACGGUCACCGACGGUCCAGCUCCACAGCAGGCUGCUCCAACACUUGGAAAUGUCUGGUCCAUCCCUACAGAACGACGCCUGUUUCACGACAGAAACGACAGCUCGCCAGUCUAA